CACCAGAGCAGCUUUCCCCGACCCAGGGACGCACUCCUCCUCCUCUCCACUCCGGAGCAGCGCGCAGGGCUCAGAUCAGUAUGCCUCGGAGAGAACCAUGAGGUCCCGGCAGACAGCCCAAAAACACACCACGGAGCAGACGAAGACAACAGAGAAGAUUCAGUGAAGCAACUUUCUUCUUCUUCUUGGGGUUCAGCCGGAGAUGGAGCCGGAGGAAGGAAAGAUCUCGGUAUGGGUCUGCCGAGAGGAGAAGCUGGUCUCUGGGCUGACGAAGCGAACCACCUGCGCCGACGUGGUCAAAGUCCUGUUGGAAGAUCAGAACCUGCAGCAGGGGGUUUCAGCGGCGAUGCUGUCCGGCUCUCCUCAGUCCUACUGCGUGGUGGAGAAAUGGAGAGGCUUCGAGAGGAUUUUGCCCAACAAGACCAAAAUCCUCCGGCUGUGGAGCGCCUGGGGAGACGAGCAAGAGAAUGUUCGCUUUGUCCUGGUGAAAAACGAAGCUUCGCUGCCCAACAACGGGCCCCGCAGCGCCGAGGCCCGGGUCGUCCAGAGCCGGGAGAGUGGUGGUCCGGGCGGCUUGCUCAAGGGAACCGCCAGGACCUGCUGGACCGCCGCGGCCGCUGCAGCCAACCUGUCCCAGGAGAAGCAGAGGCGCAUUGUCAGGAAGGCCUUCAGAAAGUUGGACAAAAUGAACAAAAAGAAAGAACAGACUGUUUCUAAAGAUAAAAGCUCAGUAGAGAAGAUGGAGACGUUGGUCCACUUGGUGAUUUCUCAGGACCACACUAUCCGCCAGCAGAUCCAGAGGAUCAAGGAUCUGGACCGGGAGAUCGAGCGCUACGAGGCCAAAGUGCACUUCGACCGCAUUAAGAGACACGGGGUGAACUAUGUGCAGGACACAUACCUUGAAGACACCUGUUCGGAGGCUCCUGCUCUUUCGGAUUGUAAGCGCAAAGCGGAGCGUCAGGACGCGCGGUGCACGUCGGAGACGCUUGCGCAGUUUGAGGAAUACGCGCGCCGGUGCGAGGAGGUGGUGAGACUGCAGGAGGAGCUGACGGAACGCGAGGCGCUCAUGGAGAGCAUCACCGGGGAGAUCCAGGAGGAGCUCAAUCGGCGGUGGAUGAAGCGGCGGCGGGAGGAGAGAGGAGCAGAAGCAGCACAGGACGCAGACGGUGCUGCGGGGGAGACGUGUCUCACCGUGUCUGCCCCCCCAGCUGUGGAACCUGAUGUUGAGAAUCUGUCUGAAAAUGAACUGGCGCUGGAAGAGGAGAGGGUCAAAACGCAACUGGACACCAGCCUUUACAUCGGCCUGAGGCUCAAGACAGAUCUGGAUGCCAUCAGGGGGGACUUGGACCUGAGUCUGGCACUCUGGGAAACCAAGGAGAGUGAACUGCUGGACCUGCUGGCCAAAGUUGAAACCAUGGAGAUAGAGCAAGCAAACAACAAAGUGACUGAUGAUGGGAAGGAGGAGCUGGGAGCAGCGAGCGCUGAUGCUGAGCCAGCAUCAGCGCAGAAGAGUGGUGGCUGGGUCGAGCAGGCCAGGGGUCUGUCCAAAGCCUGCGAUACAAACGAUGAGGACUCGGACACGGGGCUGAGCUCCAUGCACAGCCAGGACUCUGACAACACGCCUGUGUGCGAGUCACUUGUAUAAUCUCGCUUUGCUUGGAAGCAUGUUGGACUUUUAUGCAAUGCAAAGCCACAAACUCAGGGGCAGAGAAAUCAGUGUUGGCAAUACUGGGAGAUGUUCUUCCCUACCCAAAAUGCACCUCUGUAUGGACGAUGUCGUUCUAUAGCAAUAAUCCUGAUUUGUAGUCACUGCACAAUAAGCUAGAAAGGACAGCAUGCUUAUAGAGAGAGAGAGAGACAUCAUGCUGCUCCAUAGCUGACCUUUGACCUGCACGAGGAAGGUCAACAAAGCACCACUUGUUAGGAGAAAUAACCUAGAAAAGUAUUAUAACAAGCCUCUUAUAAUCUGUAGUCCUCAAAUUAACUUUAAGGUGUCCUUGAUGGAAGGUCUGCUCUGAGGUAGCAGCAGUGGACCUAAAGGCGGUGUUGUUACACUGUUGUUACACUGAGUAGGCUGAAUGGCCACGCGCAGUUUCCUUUAAAAGGCCAGCAUGAAAUGUACCUUAAUGCACAGUAAUGUCCACUCAGCUAGCCACUACUACACAGAUACGUCAUCUAAAAACACGUAAAAGCUCUUUCAGUCACAAAAAGUAAAUAUGGGAUCAGUUCACUGUUUCCCCUUCAAAAUAAGACUGGAAACCAAAACCGCUGACUAUCACUACCCAGAACUGCCGAAUAUUCUGAAUUAUAUCAGAGUUUGGACAAAUUAUACUGAUCCUGUCAGCUAACCUGUUACUGUCCUGUCAUACAGUGUAGUGUGUGUACACAAAAAAAUCAUUUAUUGAAACAUGUUGUGGGGCUAAAUGGGAAGAAGCUACCAGCCUCUGUGCAUUACUGCUGAACUUUCACAUUUUGGAUUUAAAACCGAACCAUCUGAUUCUUGUAGUUUUUGACCGCUGUGAGCUUCUGACCCUUUAAGCUAAUGCAAAAAUCAACCUCGUGCAUUAUAUAUUUCUAUGAGCUCUUAGAAUUUCAAGCAAGUGAAAACAUAGAAACCUGUUUUAAAUGUUUGUCUUAUGCAGAGUCCUGAACAAACCCCUGCUUUCCAAAUAUAAUUUUAUAAAGUUGAUUUAUUUAUUUGACCAUUAGGCUGGGUUUACAGCAAAUAAAAGUGGCAUCUUUCUAAUGAAACGGCCAUGGAAAAAGGGGAACUCCAGCAAUUUAGCAACAGAUUAGGGGAAUCACAGUAAGCGGACUGGAAAAACAAACAGAAACAGCAGAGGCUGAUAUUUCUCAAGCAGAUCUCAAACCCUCAAAUUGUCCGGAUUUCCUAAAAUGUAACUGGAUACGAUCUCUAAUUAGACCCCCCCCUGCCCCCUUAAUGCCCACAGCUUUCAAAUCACAGAGCGGACUGUUUGUCAGAUAAACAGUGGAUAAGCCUGGUGAUGUCACGAGGAGCGCUCCCUCCAGAGAAAACAUCACACAUUUAUAGCUACAUACACAAACGGGAUUGCUUCUCGUGAUGAGUAAGCCGAAGUUCGUGAGUGAAACUGACGGAGUGCCCCUUUAAAUCUGGGUCUGGAUUAUUGCACUGGAACAUCGGUCUGGCUGUUGUGAGGGGUGUUGUUUCCAUGAAAAGCUUCUUACUCAACCAUAAUCAAUGUGAGCAGACAAGAAAAGCAACAUGUUUAUAUCAAGGUUCAAGCCGAGAAAUUACUUCCUCCAUCAGAUGGUACAACUCAUUGUACAGCACGUACUGAAACACCAGAGAUACAUGUGUGAACCUGUGCAUUAUUUACACUAUAGUAGAUAUGCUUCUUGCCCAAUCAACAAAAUGUAUCCAAGCAUUCUACAGAAGGUGAGGGCUGAAAACACGGGAACUAUACAAAGGUCACGUUUUUGGCUUCAGUGGCUUUCCAUAAAUGACAUGCUUUAUUUCCAGCUUAAAUAGGUAUAAAAAUGUUACACUUAUUUAUAGAAACUGAUCAGAAAACUGACCUCUAAUCUUGGUCUUUACAUUGUUAGCUGGGAGCAGCAGCACUGCAGUCCCUGCAGCUCUGAACGCUGAUCUAACAACUCACUUUUUUUUUUCUGGAAACAUUUGUUGCAAAGCAGUGUUAGCUGUGCUUUCUCGUAUGCUUUUCUAACACCUGCACAGACUAUAGACAUGGAGGGUGGGGGGUGAGGGGGUCAAAACAGAAGCUAAUAUAUGUCAUUAUUUUAAGAUUGUCCUACAAAUAAAUCAUUUACUCCGUAUUUUGCUGGGAUUGUGUGAUUUCAGAUCUUACAUGUUUGACUUUGUCUGCCUGUAAAUGGUGAAAAGUCUGUGGCACACAGAAGAAGCUGAUAAUACUGUCUGUGUGGAGUUAGCUGUUGUGUGUCUCCUAACACCAAAAUGACCUGUGUGUAGCUCUUUUAUGUCGCUCGAUCAGGGACGGUUUGGGUUUCUUAGUCUGCUUUUUCUAGAUAGAUGGUUCUAGAUGAGCAUUUCUGAGGCUGCAGCAACACUGUGGCAACACUAUGACGCCAGUCAGCACAAUAUUCCACAUGACUGUUAGUGUUGAA